CCCAGAUCCUGCUGGACCAGUUUAAAGAUGCUUAGGUCCUGUGGGAGCAUGCUUGGGAGUUCAUGACCUUUUUCCAUGUUACAUAUUAGUCUACAGAAUGUGCCUUAAGUAGAUUAGAGUCCAUGAGUGACUAGAGUUAUUAGGUUUGUUCUUGUUCAAAGACCAUUUGCCUCGGUUGACCUUUGUCACCAGUUCAGUUCAAAAUUUUUAUGGACAUAAUUUCUAGGUGCAGCCAAGUGGCGGAGGGUGUCAGGUUCGGUGGCCUUGGGAUUCCAUUUAUGCUUUUUGUGAAUGAUGUGGUCCAAUUGGCAGCGUCGAGCAGUGACCUCCAAUUCACACUGGGACGGUUUGCAGCCGAGUGUGAGGGGCCUGGGAUGAAUAUCAGCACGUCGAAAUCCGGAAAAGGGUGGAUUGCCCACUCCGGGUCGUAGGACAGUUGUUGCCCCAAGUGGAGGAGUUUAAAUAUCUCGGGGUCUUGUUCACGACUGAAGGUAAAAUGGAGCAAGCGAUUGACAGGCGGAUCGGAGCAGCGUCUGCUGUGAUGUGGACGCUGUACCGGUCUGUCAUGGUGAAGCGAGAGUUGAGCCGAAAGGCGAAGCUCUUGAUUUACCUAUCAGCCUAUGCGCUUACCAUCGCCUAUGGUCACGAGCUGUGGGUAGUGACCGAAAGAACAAGAUCGUGGGAGGGGCUCAGAGCAGAGCCGGGGAGAGCACAUUCCAGGCUUCCUUACUGAGGUUGCUGCCUCCUGCAGCCCGGACACGGAUAAGCAGCGCAUAAGUAGACGAGCGAUGAAAGGUCACGUGGCACACAUGUUUUCAAUGUAAAUAGAUGGUGUUUGAAGUGCACAUUCUUGGCUGCUGUUCCCAGAUGUAUUUAAUAAAACUAAAGUUUAGUUUACAAGGUGAAUCAUUACCAGGGUUUGGAGGAAAAAAAAGCUUUUUCCUUGCAAAAUAUUGAAAAGCCAUAAAAAUUAGCUCUGUGAAACACAAAUUCAACAUUUAGGAAUAAACACCAGCUAAACAGGUUGUGUUAAGCUUGCCUCACCUUUGAGACUGUUUUUCACAGUAAAGCCCAUAGGGGCGGGGAGUAAUUCCACACUUAAGCCUGAAGGACAUUCCUCAUGUUACUAGUCUGAGCACAAACAGCAGAGUUUGGUAAUGCACGGUCCAGAAAAAGGAGUACCACCAACAGCUGAACAGAUGUUUUGUUUGGAGGAUUUUGUUUUCUUCCUCUUCUCUAGUCCCACCACUCUAUUGGGGACUGUUGCUCUCCUGCUUGUCCUCUAUGUUGUUUACAGCAGCUUCAACUCCCAUCAAAUGGAGAAGGAGCCUCCAGGACCCAGGCCUCUUCCCCUGCUUGGCAACCUUUUGCAACUUGAUCUCAAGAGACCCUACAAAACCCUUUGUGAGCUGUCAAAGAAAUAUGGGUCUGUAUUCACGGUGUACUUUGGGACCAAUAAAGUGGUGGUUUUGGCUGGAUACAAAACAGUGAAAGAGGCUCUGGUCAGCAAUGCGGAAGAGUUUGGAGAUCGAGACAUCUCCCCUAUAUUUUAUGAUAUGAAUAAAGGUCACGGGAUUCUGUUUGCAAAUGGAGAAUCAUGGAAGGAGAUGAGACGUUUCGCCCUCACAACCCUGAGAGACUUUGGGAUGGGCAAAAGAAUGGCUGAAGAAAAAAUCUUGGACGAAUGUCACCAUUUGAUCCAAAUGUUUGAAGAGCAUAAAGGGAAGCCAUUUGAUACAACAAAAUCGGUCAAUUAUGCAACUUCCAACAUCAUCUCCUCCAUCGUGUAUGGAAGCAGGUUUGAAUACAGUGACCCCCUGUUCCAAAACCUGGUGAGAAGAGCCAAUGAAAACAUUCGCAUUACUGGCUCUGCUUCAAUCCAGCUUUACAACAUGUUUCCCAGUCUGGUUCGUUGGAUCAAAAAUCGGAAUCUGAUAUUAAGAAAUGCUGAGAUGACUAUUAGAGAUGUCAAAAAUUUAAUCAAGAAUCUGAAAGAGACUCUGAACCCUCAGCUGUGCAGGGGACUUGUGGACUGUUUUCUGAUUCGGAAGCAGAAAGAAGAGGACUCUUUUGUUAUGGACUCUCACUACAAUGAGAAGAAUUUGAUAUUUACAGUGACUAACCUGUUUGGAGCUGGUACUGAUACCACAGCAGCAACAGUGAGAUGGGGUUUGCUGUUUAUGGCCAAAUAUCCACAUAUACAAGACCAGGUUCAGGAGGAGCUGGGCAGGGUAAUAGGAAGCCGUCAGAUCCGGGUAGAGGACAGGAAAAACCUGCCAUAUGUUGAUGCUGUCAUCCAUGAGACACAGAGACUGGCCAACAUUGUCCCCAUGGCUAUUCCUCAUAAAACCAGCAGAGACAUGAUCUUCCAGGGCUACUGCAUCAAAGAGGGGACUACUGUGUUUCCUCUUCUUACUUCUGUCCUGCAUGAUGAGAAUGAAUGGGAAAGCCCAAACACUUUCAAUCCUUCCCAUUUCCUGGAUAAGGAGGGUAAAUUUAUUAGGCGAGAUGCUUUCAUGCCCUUUUCUGCAGGUCGCAGGGUGUGUCUGGGGGAAAGUCUGGCUAAGAUGGAGCUCUUUCUCUUCUUCACCUCAUUGCUUCAGAGAUUUCGUUUCACUCCUCCACCUGGAGUUACAGAGGAUGAACUGGAUCUGUCACCAGCCGUGGGCUUUACCCUCACCCCUUCACCUCAUGAGUUGUGUGCUGUCAGUCGUUAGUGAGAAAGAGAGCUGUAGAGUGGCAUUACAACUGCCUACCAAAUGGCACAAAUCUUGUUUUUUGCAUAAUAUACUCAGCAGAAACCUCAUUUAUAACUGAUCUGUAUGGACAAAAAAGGGCAUGAAAUGUGAGGUUAGGUAUUAUAGCAUGUAUCUAAAUUUCAUAUAAAUGCUAAAUGUUCUUAGUGAUUUGUACACAUUAUAUUAAGCAGUUUAUAUGAGUAUGUUUGUAUUUGCAGCUUUUUAGAAUAAAACUGCUACAUUUGUCAAUAUUUCUGCUUCAGGCACA